AUGCAUCCUGAAAAAUUUAUGACGCAGCCGCAGCCUUACAAGAAACAGCCAGUAACUACUAACAAAAAGGCGGAGAGUACAUGGAGAACCAUUACUAAGAGUUACCUGAAAGAAUCGAGCAUUCAUGGAUUGAAAUAUGUUGUGGAGGAUGGCGUCCACUGGUUUGAGAGGCUGCUGUGGGCCGGCGGGGUGUUGGCGAGCCUGACGGGCGCGGCGCUCUUCAUGCGCGACCUGUGGCGCACUGCGAGCGAGACGCCCACGGCCACGUCGGUGGCCACCACGCACCACCCGCUGUCCUCCGUGCCCUUCCCCGCCGUCACCGUCUGCUCCAUCAACAGGGUCCAGGCCGCCGCCGCCGCCCGCUUCUACUCCUCCUCAUCGCAAACCGACGUCAAUGAUAUAGGUCUAGUAAUGAGGCAGCUAGCUCAACCAUGUGAAGAAAUGGCCCUCCAAUGUCGCUGGAGGGGGAAGUCCUGCAACUGCAAGGAGCUGUUCAGACGCCGGAAAACUGACGCUGGAUACUGCUGCUCUUUCAACUACGAGAGCGUACGCACCAACGCUGCGGGCCUGCUGUCGGGUCUGACGGUGCUACUGGACCCCCAGCUGGAGGACUACCAGGCGGCCACCUUCUCCUUCUACGGCUUCCAGGUGCUGGUGCACUCGCCGGUCGAGUUCCCCGACGUCAUCGCCAGGGGACACAUCGUGAAGCCCUCGUCGGAGGCGUUCCUCCAGGUGACGGCAGAGCAGACGAUGAGCACGGACGCGGUGCGCCGGCUGUCGCUGCAGCAGCGGCAGUGCCUGUACCCCAACGAGGGCGGCUACGCCACGGCGAGGAUCGACUACUCGCGCUCCAACUGCCUCACCGCCUGCCGUGCCAGACACAUGAUGCGCCGCUGCCGCUGCGUCCCCUACUUCUACCCGUCCGUCCUCAGGUUCUUCAGCAGCUUCAAACCAGACAGAGGGGAAGUGUCUGGAGAUGAAUCAGGCAUGUCCUGCGACUGCUAUCCUGGUUGCUUCGACGUCGCUUAUUACCUCAGUGCUACGUCGGGAUGGCUCUUCCAGUCCCAGUACGACACCACCAAGUUCUUGUAA